AUGAACCCACCUAACAAUGAUAACGAUAAAUUAUUAUCACAUCGAGCAUUUUCCGUUUCAUUAAUAUUAAUCAAUAUACUAGCUCAUAUACUUUUAGAACGUGAAAUAGUUAAGUGCACUUUAGUGAACAGAUGGUGGAACCAAUUAGCAACAGAAAGAUUAUGGUAUAGAUUCCGUGGACUAAAAAACAAUUCAAAAACUAAAUCUUUUGAAAAAUUUCUUAACACUUUGGUUUCAGCCCGUGAUGGUAAAUGUCUUCAUCAAUACGGUAAUUAUGUUAAAAUUCUAGAUUUAGAAAAACUAGAAUUGGAUCAUGAACAAUUAUUAAUGACAUUGGAAUGUUGUCAACGAAUUGAAACAUUUAUCAUUGGAAGUACAGUGCUGAAUAAGCAAAGAAUGUAUGAUAUGGCAUCUAGAUUACCUAAUCUUAAAUUUUUCAAGUUUUCUGAUUCGGUAGAGAUUAAUGAUGGUGAAGCAAUGGAUGCAAUAGCAGAAUAUUGUCCUCGUUUGGAGGAAUUAGAAUUAAAAAAAGAUAUUUCUUGUUUCGGUGAAGUUUUGUUUCGAAUAGUACAAAAAUGUAAAAAAAUUCAAAGAUUGGAUAUCGAAGAAAAAAAUUACGAAGAUCAAACGAUGAUACCUAUUCUUGAACAAGUUCCUGAAAUAACUCAGUUGAAGAUUCAUCAAUGUAUUGGUAUUAGUGAAGAAGUACUCUUAAAAAUUUUCAAAUUUUGUCCGAAACUGACAAAACUUAAUGUCACUAAUAUGCAUGAAAUAACAGCAGGAUUCGCACUUGAAACUGCAAAGCAUUUUAAAAAAUGCUCUAGAAUUACAGUUAAUAAGGUGGAUAGGCCACUAGACAGCAGCAUAGAAGCUUCUGAAGAUAAAUUAAAUGUUUCUUUAUAUGAAGAUGAAGUUGAUCUAGGAAUGAUUAUUAAUUAUUUUAUUAAUAGAAAAGAAAAAUUGAGAGAAUUAAUUUUGUCUGAUGUCCAAUUGAAUAAGUUGACCUUGGGAAUUAUUAGUGAGAAUUUGGAUUUAUAUACAUUAAUAUUGUCUGGCGUCAAAGGGUUAGCAAAAGCGGACGUACUGACAACAAUUUCAAAAUUAAAAAAUCUAAAAACAUUUUCAAUACGUUUUUCAACAAUUCCUACUGAAUAUAUGUUAAAGGAUGAAAAAGAGAAAUUAUUUGAAAUUUGUCCAAACCUGGAAUUUAUUCAGUGGCAUACGAUUCAUUUUAAACGAAACUAA